GCGACCAUCGCCAAGUGAGUCAAGCCUUAAGAUUAGAUUCCGUAUUAUGAUUAACAUGAUCAAUCUAUUUUUUUUUUGAUUGAUUGAGAUGCAUGAAAGCCGAGCGAGAAUCAUGAUCCUACUCUAAAUAUGCCUACUGCACGUACAGCUGCCUUUGUGAGCACAGUAGUGCUCUUGAUUGUUACCAUUCACGUCUUCUAUCUGACUUAUCUAGAUUCCCCACUGCGUGAGGAAAAUGCAGCUUUGCGAUAUCAUGGUAUUGAAAAGCCAUCAGGCUCUUCUAAGCAUGGCGGCCGAUUCUUAAUUGGCGUUGGCAAGGCUGAUAUUACGGGCCCGGUAGUCGAACUCAACUUGAUGGGCUAUGCAAACACGAGCCAACUAGGUUCUGGGCUGCGCCAAAGACUAUACUCUCGCGCAUUCAUCAUUGGAGAGUUAGAUACUCCUGCCAAUCGCUGGAUUUAUCUCGUGCUGGACACGCAAUCUGGGGAUACGGCUGUGCGCGAUGGCAUUCUCAACGGCCUGAAAAAUUUUGGACCGGAAUACGCCAUGUACGGACAGCACAAUGUCGCUGUCACAGGAACGCACUCGCAUUCUGGGCCUGGUGCGUGGCUGAAUUAUUUGCUGCCACAGAUUACUAGUCGUGGGUUUAGCAAAGAGAGCUAUGAAGCCAUUGUUCAAGGUUCUUUGCUGUCCAUACGGCGUGCGCAUGAGAGUCUCGCACCGGGCUCAAUCUCUAUUGGCAAGACCAGAAUUGAGGAUGCGAACAUUAAUAGGAGUCUGUACGCGUACCUUGCGAACCCGGAAGCGGAACGCAAAAUGUACUCAGAUGACGUUGACAAAGAUCUCACCCUGCUGCGGUUUACUCGCUCGUCAGAUGGUAAGGACAUUGGAGUUUUGACCUGGUUUGCCGUGCACGGAACUUCGAUGUUAGGGAACAACACAUUGAUCUCUGGUGAUAACAAAGGUGUUGCUGCAUACCUCUUUGAAAAAAGUAUGCAAGGGACAGAUACAGCUCCGGGAUUCGUCGCUGGGUUUUCCCAAUCCAAUGUGGGUGAUACAUCGCCCAAUGUGCUUGGCGCCUACUGCGAGGAUGGUUCCGAUCAGGAAUGUGCGCUGAAGGAUAGCACAUGCGGCGGUCGCAACGAAGAUUGUCACGGUCGAGGGCCUUUUUUCGGACUGGAUGAUGGCGGUACGAAGUCUUGCUUCGAAAUCGGGAGACGGCAGUUCGAGGCUGCGCGUUCGCUGUACUCGAAGAUGGCAUCCACAUCAGUGCAAGCUCAUCUUAUAUCAGACGAAAAUGUGCGGUCAUUUCAUACAUUCGUGUCUUUAGCCAAUUACACAUUCCCCCAUCCGAACGGUUCCAUAGUCACAACUUGUCCGGCAGCUUUGGGCUACUCCUUCGCGGCCGGUACUUCAGAUGGACCUGGUGCAUUUGAUUUUAAGCAGAAUAGCUCAGGAUCGGGAAAUGCCAACCCCCUUUGGAACGUUGUGCGCAACCUGAUUCAUGCUCCAAGCGAAGAGCAGCAGCGAUGCCAAUAUCCAAAGCCAAUUCUGCUGGAUGUUGGCGAAACGACGAAGCCAUACCAAUGGGCGCCAAACGUUGUUGAUCUUCAGCUACUGCGCCUUGGCCACCUUGUUAUUAUUGUAAGUCCAGGGGAAGCCACAACUAUGGCAGGCAGACGUUGGCGGAAUGCUGUAAAAGAGUCCGCUUUUAUAACCAAUCUUGCAGAUUGGCCGCUUGACGCAAAUGGUAGGCUGGAAGUUGUACUUGGUGGCCCAGCGAAUAGCUAUACACAUUACAUCACCACAGAAGAGGAAUAUGCUGUUCAACGUUACGAAGGGGCCUCCACUCUGUACGGUCCGCAUACUUUGAAUGCGUAUAUUCACCUGACGAUCAAUCAUUUGCACUAUCUAUCAGCGACGGCUACGAAGAAACCUCCGAGCGGUCCCAGUCCACCCAUAAACACAAACAGGAGUUUGAGCUUUAUCUCCGGAGUGGUGGUCGAUCAUGCUGGCCUCUUCAAGAAUUUCGGUGAUGUGAUUAAGGACGUUGAGUCAUCAUAUCGACCCGGCGAUAUAGCUGAAGCAUCCUUCGUGGGCGCAAACCCACGGAAUAAUCUACGUCUUGAAGGCACAUAUGCCAUGGUAGAGCGACUACAUACAGCGACAAAUGGCAACGACGACCUCAAGUCUAGAGAUAAAAAAUGGGUCCCGUAUCGAACAGAUGAAGAUUGGGAACUAAUAUUUCAUUGGAAAAGAAAGAGUGAGAUCAUGGGUACGAGCGAGGUCAGGAUACAAUGGGAGAUACCGUCUGAAGUAAAUCUUCAAGGUCGUUACAGGAUAAGGUACUUUGGUGAUGCGAAAAGUCUUGAUGGCUCUUUGACCGCUUUUGAAGGCGUUAGCAGGGACUUUGAGAUCAUAUAGCUUUCAGAUACUAUCGUUACACACUACCACAAAAGGCGACAGUACGAAAUCAAGCAGCCGGACAAGUAGCGCAAGAAGUAGGCAAUUUGUUGAUCUUGAAAUAAGUUCAAAGCACAUUAAAUGCUAGUCAACGGCCCAUCGGAAAUUUUAUUUUUGCCUGAGCGACAAGUUUACAAUACAGUCUCGCUUCCGCAUUCUGCUU